AUGGCACCUCGAGGGAAGCAAAAGUCCUCAGUCUCACAGGCAGCACCUUCCCCACCACCUAACUGGCCGCCUUUAAGCCCUCUCGUGCCUGCUGAACAUCUCUCUAUCGAGACGGUGGCAGACGAUCAGAUCCUGGUCAUCCGGAACUUGUUCACUUCCAAUCUGUGCAAGACCUUCGUGUCCUUCUUGUCUUCUCUACCAUUGACAACCACCCCCGGAAAACCUAAACGGGGUGAGGCGACCAGAGUCAACGACCGCUUCCAGAUUGAAGACCCUUUGUUUGCAACCGCUCUGUGGGAACAAAGUGGUUUGCAACGACUCGUAUCUUCGUUCGAAGAUGAACGAACUUUUAGUGGCAAGGUCUUGGGCCUGAAUCCCAAUAUACGAGUCUACAGGUAUCGGCCAGGCCAAUUCUUUGACAAGCAUUAUGAUGAAAGUAAUAAAUUACAAUUUGGCGAGAAUAAAAUCCCUGCCAGAACAACCUGGACUCUUCUCAUCUAUCUUACAACCUGUCAGGGUGGGGAGACGGCUUUCUAUCCAGAGUCUCCAGGCAAAGGUUUAGCUACACCAGAUCCGAUUGUCGUAGGUCUGGAGGCUGGAAUGGCUCUGCUCCACAAGCAUGGUGAUGAUUGCCUGCUCCAUGAAGGUAAAGAGGUCAAGAGUGGCGAAAAGUGGGUAUUGAGGAGUGAUCUGGUCGUUCAACGAUGA